UACUCCGAGCAUGACUAUAGUGAAAUAGAGGCGUUGAGUCCAGAUAUAUUUUUCUUGGUCUUAUUACCUCCGAUCAUAUUCGAGAAUGCUUACAAUCUUAACAAAGGCUACUUUUUCUCCAACAUUGGUCCUAUUCUUUCCUUCGCAAUACUGGGUACUGCAAUCUCGGCACUUGUAAUUGGGUUUUGCAUAUACAUCCUCGGCCAGGCUGACUUAGUUUAUGAAUUUUCUGUUUUUGAAUGCUUUGCCUUUGCGUCUAUGAUAUCUGCCGUCGAUCCUGUAGCAACAUUAGCAAUUUUUCAAGCCGUUAAGGUGGAGGGCUUGCUUUAUAUGCUCGUAUUUGGUGAAUCAAUGCUCAACGACGCAGUUUCGAUUGUAUUCGCCGCUACAGCCAUUCGACAUUCUCAUCCGCCAUACAGCAGUCUUGGACCAAGUGAAAUAUUAUGGAGUGUUUCAAUAACCUUUCUUGCCAUGUUUACGCUGUCAGCCGCUCUGGGAUCAGCGAUUGGACUACUGAGUGCUUUGUUGUUCAAGCAUGUAGAUCUUAGAAAAACACCGUCGCUUGAAUUUGCUCUUCUUCUUGUUUUCGCAUAUAUACCAUAUGGAUUUGCUGAAGCGGUGUCGUUAUCAGGAAUUAUGGCUAUUUUAUUUUGCGGAAUCACUAUGUCACAAUACACGCAACAAAAUAUCAGUCCGGUUACUCAGAUAACCUUUCGGCAAACGUUUAGAACCAUCUCUUUCGUGGCAGAGACUUCGACGUUUGCCUAUAUUGGAAUGGCAUUCUUCACUAUCAAACUGAACUUCCAGCCGUCACUGAUCUUUUGGUGCAUAGUAUUGUGUCUUGUGAGCCGUGCGCUUAAUAUUUUCCCGAUCUCGUAUGCUGUGAACAAGUGUCGCCGUGAGGUCCAAAUCUCAAUGAAGAAUCAAAUCAUUCUGUGGUUUAGUGGAAUGCGUGGUGCUGUAUGCUUUGCCCUCGUCCUCUAUAUGGAGGUUGAGAAAGAGAAGAAAUCUGUCAUUUUAACAACGACACUCUUCCUUAUUCUCUUCACCACCCUUUUCCUUGGCGGAACGGCAAUGCCAUUCAUUAGCUUUAUCAAUAAAUGCUAUCCUGAAGAACGACCACGUCGACGAAGGCGCACUUUGCGUAAGCAAAAAGGUGCAGUGAUGCUGAGUAAAACUCAGGAAAUGGCUAUGUUCGGAAGCGAUGAAUGGACUCCAAAAAGAAAUGACCAAGCAGAUAGACCUUCCACAGCAGCUGGUAGAAUGAUGAGACAGCUUUUUGUUCGCAAAUUCACAGCCACCGAAAGACAGGAAAAUCGUGAAAAGCUUGCUGCAUUUACGAGAAGAGUACUGCGUGAUGAAGAGUCGGAUACCGAGGUUGACGAAGGUGCGCCUAAUGCACCAUUGCUUCAAAAUGCUAUCGUUUGA